AUAUGAACCAUUCAUGAAAACGUCAAUGUUUUCAGGAAUUUUAUUAUGAUUACGACUUGUUUCUUUAAUUUCCGACCAGCUCGGGACAUCCACAUUGUCCAGGAACUUCAGGAUGUUGAUACUAUGGAACGUCAAUCCGUCAGCUUCUUGUGUGAAGUAAACCAAGUGGAUGUGGAUGGUCGGUGGUACAGAGAUGACUGUAGAAUCCGACCUGGUGACAACAUUAAGAUUAGACAUCAGGGUAAAACCCACACACUGUCUUUUAAGUCGGUCCGGCCGGAGCACGCUGGAGAAAUCCGAUUCACUGCGGAACGCGUCUCAUCUUACGCAACACUUACAGUCAAAGAGCUGCCAGUCCAAAUAGUGCGUCCACUGAGAGUCAAGAUAGCCAUGUAUCACCACAGAGGCUUGCUGGAGUGCCAAGUAUCUCGAGCCAACGCUCAAGUCAAGUGGUACAAGAACAAAAAGGAGCUUGUGUCCAGCAAAAAGUACCAACUUGUCAGCCAAGACGUUUACAGGCAGCUCACUAUCGAUGACGUCUGCUCCUCGGAUGAAGACACCUACACCUGUGACACAGGAGAUGACAAAACCAGUUGUCAGCUUCUAGUUGAGGGUGAGAUAUAUGUGGACACUAGCAGGCUAUGA